AGACAAUUCUGGAAGCAGAAAGGUGUCUACUCCACCCAGGUGGGCUACGCUGGAGGCCUCACCCCCAACCCCACCUACGAAGAGACCUGCACAGGUAACACUCAACACUGACCCCACACCCCACUCAACAAUACCCCUGACCUGUGCUCAGAAUAAUUCAGUGUUCAUUUAAUCUGGAUCUCCCUCAUAAACAGCCAUCCACAGUCUGUGUGUGUAAUACACUAACCAGCCUCAUGAUGUGUUGAUCAUCUCCUCAUGUUAAUGACUUCUACAUGUCUCUAUGAAGGGCCUUUUAUCAGAUACAGUGCUAUGAAAAAGUAUUUGCCCCCUUUCUAAUUUUCUCUACUUUUGCAUAUUUGUGAUAAUGAAUGUUCAGAUCUUCAACAAAAACCUAAUAUUAGAUAAAGGGAACAUAAGUGAACAAAUAACACAACAAUUACAUAUUUAUUUCAUUUAUUUCAUAAGCAAAGUUAUGCAACACCCAAUUCCCCUGUGUGAAAAAGUAAUUGCCCCCUUACACUCAAUAACUGGUUGUGCCACCUUUAGCUGCAAAAAGUUAUACUUUUGAAUCAUCUGUCCAUAGAACGUUCUUCCAAGAGUCUUGAUGAUCAUCCAGGUGCUUUUUGGCAAACUUGAGUCAACUUUUUGGACGAGAUGGGUCCCAUUAUGCCUGGCGAAAACCAAACUCUGCAUUCCACAGUAAGAACAUCAUACCAAAGGUCAAGCAUGGUGGUGGUGGUGUGAUGGUUUGGGGAUGCUUUGCUGCCUCAGGACCUGGACGACUUGCCUUAAUAGAAGGAACCAUGAAUUCUGCUCUGUAUCAGAGAAUUCUACAGGAGAAUGUCAGACCAUCCGUCUGUGAGCUGAAGCUGAAGCGCAGCUGGGUCAUGCAGCAAGACAAUGAUCCAAAACACACAAUCAAGUCUACAUGAAAAUUGCUAAAAAGCAACAAAUUGGAAGUUUUUGAAUGGCCUAGUCAAAGUCCAGACCUAAUCCCAAUUGAGAUGUUGUGGCAGGACUUGAAACGAGCAGUUCAUGCUUGAAAACCCACACGUCACUGAGUUAAAGCAGUUCUGCAUGGAAGAUCAAGAGAGAGAGACUGAUCAACAACUACAGGAAGCAUUUGGUUGGAGUCAUUGCGGCUAAAGGUGGCACAACCAGUUAUUGAGUGUAAGGGGGCAAUUACUUUUUCACACAGGGGAAUUGGGUGUUGCAUAACUUUGUUUAUGAAAUAAAUAUGUAAUUGUUGUGUUAUUUGUUCACGUAUGUUCCCUUUAUCUAAUAUUAGGUUUUGGUUGAAGAUCUGAUAACAUUCAGUAUCACAAAUAUGCAAAAGUAGAGAAAAUUAGAAAGGGGGUAAAUACUUUUUCAUAGCACUGUUCUACUGUACUGUACAUGCAGCAUCAGUCUUGCCCAGUCUGAGAAUAAUACACAAUUACUCAGUAGCAGAGGUAUCUGGUGUUUAUAUGGACAGUAUACAGUUCUUUGUUUUCUCCAAACCUGCCCCUGAAAACCAAAUGGAAUCCCUUAAGUCCUAUUAUAGUGGGGCAGGGGAAAGUGACCGCUUUCUAGCAGUACUUGUGUGUGUGCUCACCUGUAUGUGUUUGUGUGUGUGUGCAUCCGUAUGUGUGUGUGUUUGCGUGUUUAAUGAUCCGCUAGUUAAGGUGUGUGUGUAAGGUCAUUAUGUGGUACACAGAAGUAUCUCUCUACAUUAUACUUUCUAAGUGUGUGUGCUGUCCUGAGCUAAGGAAAUUCACCAUUAGAUAUGCAUCACUAGCUCUAUGGUUCUGUGAUGGGCCUCCUCACUCUCCUGUUAGUAACACAACAGCAACAGUAGGUGUCAUUUUGAGCUGUAUGCUUUCUGUGAAAAGAACAUUGAAAUGGAAAAUGAGAAAUAUAGUUUUGAAAUGAGAAUCCAAAUUGGCGGUAGAAGAAAGUCUUUGCGCUUCACACAGUGAACUUGUUCACUACAGUUUUCCUUUCAUUGCAAUAAUGGGAGUUGGGUGUUUUUAAACAUUCAGAGCAUUAUCCAAACACUGCCAGCUGUCCUUGUAUUAUUUUUAGAUGCACCCACUGCCUCUCCAUCCUGCUUUUGAGGGAUUUAGGAUUUAGGAAAUUAGAUUUUGCGCUCAGUGUGAAUGUACAUAGUUUUCCGGGAAUAGGAAGUAACAGAACAAAACCCUGCUGGGUGUUCCUCUGAGGACUGAGGGCAUUUUCUGAACUCUGGCCCCUCUUGUCCAGCUCUGACCUUCACGGACCGGGCCCUUGGCAGUGUGUUUUUGCGCUUGUGUGUGUGCGCUUGUGUGUGUGUGUGUUCGUGUGUGUGCGUAUGUGUGUGGAAUCCGCAAAAUGCCCUCUCUCUCCUAUCUCUCUCUCUCCCCUCUGUGGUUCAGUACAAUAACAAUUUGUGUAGGGCUGUUAGAAGCAUGGAAGUCACUAGUCUUUGAUCUGGAUAUUGACUUUUGUUCCAGUAGAAAACAACUUUGUAAAGACUUUCAUCAAGGGACAUUUGUUUGAUGACUUCCCAGAGUGCCGUUCUCUCAGGAUGGAUCUUGAACUGAAGUCGGAGCUUAGAGUUUAGAGGCGUUAAACAUCUACUGCUGUAGGAUCUGAGAGAGAGAGAAUAUGUGUAUGUGUGUGCAUGCGUGUGUGUGUUUAAUUUUAUUAAUGUUUUGUUAUAAUUUAAUUUCUGUUUUGGCAGUAGUGGCACUGCUCUGUAGAAUGCAGAGUGCAGCACUGAGGCAGGGAGCUUUCCAUCUGGUGGUGCUGAAACCCUGCCUCAGCUCACUGCUACUGACUGCUAUUGACUAAUACUGACUGUUACUGACUGCUACUGACUGCUAUUGACUGUUACUGACUGCUACUGACUGUUACUGACUGUUACUGACUGCUACUGACUGCUAUUGACUGUUACUGACUGCUACUGACUGUUACUGACUGUUACUGACUAUUACUGACUUUUACUGCCUGCUACUGUCUGUUACUGACUGCUACUGCCUGCUCUGACUGUUACUGACUGUUACUGACUGUUACUGACUGUUACUGACUGCUACUGACUGCUACUGACUGUUACUGACUGUUACUGACUGUUACUGACUGUUACUGACUGUUACUGACUGCUACUGCCUGCUCUGACUGUUACUGACUGUUACUGACUGUUACUGACUGCUACUGCCUGCUCUGACUGUUACUGACUGUUACUGACUGUUACUGACUGUUACUGACUGUUACUGACUGCUAUUGACUGUUACUGACUGCUACUGACUGUUACUGACUGUUACUGACUGCUACUGACUGUUACUGACUUUUACUGCCUGCUACUGUCUGUUACUGACUGCUACUGACUGUUACUGACUGUUACUGACUGUUACUGACUGCUACUGACUGCUAUUGACUGUUACUGACUGCUACUGACUGUUACUGACUGUUACUGACUGCUACUGACUGUUUACUGACUGUUAUUGACUGUUACUGACUGCCUCUUGACUGUUACUGACUGUUACUGACUGUACUGACUUCUACUGUACUGCUGUUACUGACUUUUACUGCCUGCUACUGUCUGUACUGACUGCUACUGACUGUUACUGACUGUUGACUGUUACUGACUGUACUGACUGUUACUGACUGUUACUGACUGUUACUGACUGCUACUGACUGUUACUGACUGUUACUGACUGUUACUGACUGCUACUGACUGCUACUGACUGUUACUGACUGUUACUGACUGUUACUGACUGUUACUGACUGUUACUGACUGCUACUGACUGUUACUGACUGUUACUGACUGUUACUGACUGUUACUGACUGUUACUGACUGUUACUGACUGCUACUGACUGUUACUGACUGUUACUGACUGCUACUGACUGCUACUGACUGCUACUGACUGUUACUGACUGUUACUGACUGUUACUGACUGCUACUGACUGCUACUGGGGCUGCAGCUCAAUGUGAGGUUUGGUUCGCAUUUUCCUUUAAAUCAAACUUCCCAAAUUAAUAUUCACUGGCACAAUAGCAAUAGCUCAUCCCACAGCCCUGAAUAUUGUCUUUGAAAGACCCACACAUUAUCUUGUCCUCUCUUCUCCGUGAUCCGAACCUCAAAAGCCUGCUGCGACAGACAGCUGGUGUUAGCGCAGUAACUCCUCUCAGAUAGUCACUGAGCAGCCCCUUCUUUGUAACUAUUCAGUCUGAAAGAAUCCAUAGUCAAUAUGAAUAAGCACACUCAGGCAUAUAGCUAAGCCGAUAUAGAAUGCAUAUGUUACACUGCACAAAUGACUUGACUGAAUGGAGAGAAAGAGAGAGGGAUGGGAGAGAGAGAAGAAGGAUCACUCUGAACAUGGCUGAUCAACUAUAUCCAAGAGACCAUGCGUUCUGCUCCCAAUGCCUUCUGGGAUACGUGAGGAAUGGGUUGUGGUGAGGGGGUUCACACACACACACACACCAUGGUUCCCCGGCAGACAGCUGUGUCAACAAGGAAUUAGGGGCUGCAGGAAUGUAUAGAACAGACAAUAGACCCAAAGAAAGAGAAACAGAGAGAGAAUGGAGGAAAGCAUCAUUCUGAUGAGGGAUAUGUACAGUAAAGAAUAGGAUAGGGCAGUGUAAGAUAUAUUUUGCUCCAGCCCUGUAGCCAUGCAUUGGGAGUCGGAGAGUGGUGGCACAUGGACUCUUCUGUCUCCUGCUGAGCUUCAUGCUGGCAGCCAUCUUGCCUGCUUUCCCCUGAGCUGCCAGCAGUAAAGAUGGAUGUGUGUGUGUGUGUGUGUACCUCAGAUGUCCUUCAGCUCACCUUGAACACACAGCUCCACUACCAGCUGAACGAGGGAGCCACCGGAUGGAGGAGGAAGGAGAGAGGGGGAGGAAAAAAGAGAGGGAGAGAGAGAGUAGAUGGAGGCUGAAAGAGAUUGCAUGGCAGAAAACAAGGGAGGCUGACAGAGAGAGAAUGGAUUCAUGGAUUUAAAAGAAUGGCUUAGAGGGAGAGAGAAUGUUAGAGAGAGGAAAGGAGAAAUUGAUUCAUGAAUCUAUGGGUGCGUCUGUGCAUUCGACUGUGCAUUUGCUUGUGUGUGUGUGUGUGCACUAAAUUAUACAGCACCUCAAUUGUGUCCAAUGCACUCCCUUGUUCCUCCUCCUGUCUCCAGGACAUCCCUGUGUUCUUCCAUCAUGUUUAUUGUACAGUUCCUCUGUAGCGUCAGUCUGUAAUGACAGUGACCCUACAGGUUAGUUCUUAUAAUUUUUUUAAUAUCCCAGCUGUAGAUGUGCUGCAGAUAGUGGAGAACACAGCCUUAUGAGGUGACAUUAAACACCCAUCUCAGUGGAAUAAACUAAUCUCGCUAGAAAUGUAUUGAAUUGGGAAUAGAAGAGCAGGUCUUUAUUAAACAUGGUUUACUCUGUCUUCUCACCUCAUAUUGAGAUGUUAACCUUUGUGGAUGUCCCUCUGGAAGAGUGAAAGAGAGUUCUCCAAACAGCUCUAUCCAAUCAGCAUGUCCCAAACUCGGUGUCCAGCUUGCGUGAUUGGAGGACACUCCUCCCUCCAGAGCUUGGUUAAAACAUUAAUAACUGAUCCAGGACAGCACCGCACUGCUGCACUGGAGAACAACUUGCACUCCCAGUCAACAUUCACUGUUUCUGAGGAGUGGAGGAAAACUCAAGGUUACAUAUCCACAGAUCUAGAAUCAGAUUAUCAUAUCCCAAUCCUAACCUUAACCAGAAGGAUAAGGAAAUACAUGAUCCUGGACCAGUGGAUAGGGGCAACUGCCUACUUCUCCUAACCUCACCAUAUCUCCUGUCUUCUGUUGUCUCCCUCAGGUAGGACAGGCCAUACUGAGGUGGUCCGGGUGGUCUGGGAGCCAGAAAAGACAAGCUUCUCCAAACUGCUGAAGGUGUUCUGGGAGAGCCACAACCCCACUCAAGGUAAAAGUGCCAUGUGGCUCAGUUGGUAGAGCAUGGCGCUUGCAACGCCAGGGUUGUGGGUUAAAUUCCCAUGCGGGACCAGUACGAAAAAGUAUGAAAACGUAUGCACUCACUACUGUAAGUCGCUCUGGAUAAGAGUGUUAUGUAAAACCCUCUCCCUCCAUCGACACGCCUGGUAUAUACAACUACAGCGUUUCCAAAGCCAAUUCUUGCAUAGCUUAAUCCCAGUCUCAACUGCUUCCUCUCUGCCCUGAGCUAUCUGUAGCAGGAUGAUGAGACUGCCAUUUUGAGUGUUCGCGUCUGUGAAAUAAGGGAGGGAGGGAGGGAGAGAGAGAGAAAGGAGAGAGGGUCACUCUCCACCCAGAGAGGUGCCUGGAGUGUGUGUUUAAUUUCCUUAUUGACCCUGUGUGAGUGUGAGUCCACAGGCCACACACGACCCCAGAGAAAUCUGCCUCUGUGUUAGCUCUGACCCCUCCUCACCUCAGCCACGUCAACUCAGCUGGCCAGCUCAACCUCUGGACAACCUUACACACACACUAUGACACACAGUGGAUAAGAAGAUAUGCACACAAUAUGAGAAUACACACAAGAUGACACACAUUGUUGAAGACUUGUUCCCACACUGUUGGCACAGUACUGUGUUAUCUUCCUCAGGUCACUUCAGUGUCAUGAAUCAUGACCUACUUCCUAAGUGAUUUAGCUGAAGAAUAGUGCUGUUGCACAUAGCGUGCAGAAUGUAACUGUUAAUUCUCUCCAUUUUACUUUUGAAGGAUGAUAUUUUAGAUGUGAUGAUUAUAUAUGCAUCCAUAAUGCAUUACCUACACUAUAUAUACAAAAGUAUCUGGACAACCCUUAAAUUCGUGGAUUUCGCUAUUUCAGUCACACUCGUUGCUGACAGGUGUAUAAAAUUGAGCACACAGCCAUGCAAUCUACAUAGACAAACAUUGGCAGUAGACUGGCCUUACUGAAGAGCUCAGUGACUUUCAACGUCGCACCGUCAUAGGAUGCCAGCAUUCCAUGACAAUGCCCCCAUUCACAAAGCGAGGUCCAUACAGAAAUGGUUUGUCGAGAUCGGUGUGGAAGAACUUGACUGGCCUGCACAGAGCCCUGACCUCAACUCCAUCGAACACCUUUGGGAUGAAUUGGAACGCCGACUGCGAGCCAGGCCUAAUUGCCCAACAUCAGUGCCUGAUCUCACUAAUGCUCUUGUGGCUGAAUGGAAGCAAGUCCCUGCAGCAAUGUUCCAACAUCUAGUGGAAAGCCUUCCCAGAAGAGUGGAGGCUGUAAUAGCCGCAAAGGGGGGACCAACUCCAUAUUAAUGCCCAUGAUUUUGGAAUGAGAUGUUGGACAAGCAGGUGUCCACAUACUUUUGGUCAUAUAGUGUAUGUACCUGUAGUAUGCACUAUUCAGAAAGGUCAAGAUAGAGACUAAGGUCAAGUACGUUCUGAAGUGUUGCUCACAUGCCCAGUGAUGCUAGAUAAGGUUAACCUACUGAUUUCCUUAUUAUAAGACUCACUGUCAUAUUCCAUGUGAUCGUAACAUGAUGCUACUCUCAACAGUAUGACUAAAUGGUUUGUCUUCAACCUACAAGACAUUUUCAAUGUGUCCUCUAACACCUAGCAAAUGAUUGCGUGUUUGAAUGGGAGCUUUUUGUCAGGGAACAAAAUCAGUGUGAUUCACUGUCUGUCUGCACGGCUCACACUACGCUCCGCUCCCAGCAACAGAAUAAUUACACAGAGGCAGGCAGUAUCUGUAUCAUGUUCUACAUCUGCAUCAAGGUGAACUGUGCUUUGAUUGAAAUUACACCGCAGUUGGUCUGGUCUCGUCUCCAGGUCUUUUCCUCAGACAGACAAACAAGGUUGAUUGUGAGUUUGUUUCGUAUGACGUGCCUGUCAGAGCAAACAAAGCAAACAUAGUAUGCUGUUUGGUUGGCGGAUGGCAGAAUAGUUUAGACAGUUAGAAGAAAUGAUUUGGAAGUAAACUUUUAUCCACUUAGAGUACCUUGUAUAUAACCCUGUGUUUCUCUGUUUGUGUGCGUGUUUGCCUCUCUCUCUUUGUCUGUCUGUCGGAUUUGGCCAUCUUUUAUGUCUUCCUCUAUAUUGAGUGAAAUAUGUUGUCUUUAGUCCAGUAAAUUCUCUAAAAGUUACCCAACAUUGUGUUCUCUGUCUCAUUUUCAGGAAUGCGUCAGGGCAACGAUGUAGGAACGACCUAUCGAUCAGCCAUCUACACAUACACACAGGAGCAGCUUGAACAGGCUCUGGCCUCCAAAGAUGACUAUCAGAAGGUAACGUUUCUGUGUGUGGGAGUCACACGAACUCAAUAAUCAGUUCUCUAGAGAUGUUCAAGUUAUAGAAACAAAAGCUUGAUGUGGAAGAAAAUCUAUUUCCCCCAAAUAAAUCACAUUCUGUACCCAUACCAGAACACAUUUCUCCAGCCAACAGGGUUUUAAGACUGCACCAGUCACCAGUCAUAUUAAAAGCUUGCUGCAACACACCCGUCUCUCCAGCGAGCAUCAGUCAAGGUUCAAAGCCCAUCACCUUACAGAGAACAUGCAUAGAGCCAGGCAGCCUACAACGCAUAUGCAUAUGUUUAAUUGAGAGGGAUGGCAUGCUGCCGGUGAGUCCCCCGGUGAGAGGAGAGAACAGGAGGGGAGGGACAGCAGAAUCUUUGUGGUGCAACGCUAUGUGGAACAGCUUUGCCGCGCUAGACCUCACCCUCCCCAACACUGCUGCAUGCAUGGCUUCCAGAACAAUGGAGAGACCGAGAGAGGGAGAAUACAUCUAAGCUUACAGUGGAGCUAGAUUGGUCUCUUUCUGCUCUCGCUUUCUCCUUCUCUCUCUCUUUCUCCUUCUCUCUCUCUUUCUAUCUUCUCUCUCUCUCUAUCUUCUCUCCGGUGGCUACAACCUUACUGCUCUUCUCUCUCCUCUUCAUUCAUUCUAUCCUUUCUCUCCCCUGUUUUCCACCAUCGUCUCGCUCUCCAUUUCGCUGGCCCUUCUUCUCUGUCCUUUGUUCCUUAUGGAAGCUGAGGUAUUCUAUGUAAGCCAUAGAAUGUUAGUCUGUGAGAUGGAUAAAGACGUGUCCCUGUAUUUAUUGACAGUUUAAUCUCUCACUGGAGAGUGUUGAUGAGAUUACCUUGAAUGUCUGGACACCUUCAUGGUUCUAUUGUUGAGCUUCAGUAUUCAGAUGAAGGGCUGCUGUACUGUCUUUGUGCAAAGAGGAGAGGAGAGGAAGGUUCGCCAGGUUCGUCUGGAUGAGCAAUGCUCCACCUCUUCAUUGGCAGAACAAAGCAGAACAUACACAGUUGAGUUGAGAACCAUUUCAUGGACAUUACUGAAAUACCAAGCUUGGAGCUAUUCACUACAUCUAGUAUCUGGUUAGUUAUGAAAGGUAUGAACAUUAAAUAGUUCACUUUUCAGCGCUUUAUAUGUUCCUUCAAUAGAAACAAGCAGAUGUUUAGUUGCUGCCAACACACACAUUUUCUCUCAGUUUGUCUACCACAUGACUCCAUUCCCUCCUUUUCUCCCACUAUACAGUGCCUGACGCCAUUGGGCUAUUCAUCAGGCUAACAGAGCCCCAUGCUGCUCCACAGAGUGUAGAGGUGUCUAGGUGUCACCCAGGCCGGGGAUGAGUUGUCUGGGCAAGCCAGUGUGAUAGAGAGCACACUCCCAGGGAAAAGGAGGAUGUGGAGGUGGAGGUGGAAGUGGAGGAAAGGAGGAGGAGGAGGUGCAGCAUAUGGGUUGAAUUUGUUCCUUCACGGAGUGCUGCCUCCAGCUGAUGAAACUACUGGGAGGGAGGCUGAGAUCCUGCAGUCUGCAGCCGCUCCUCUCCUAAUGGCUGCC